AUGGAAUCCAGUAACAAGGUGUGCAGCUGGCAGGAAAUCCUCGAUUUUUGGUACAGUGAUUCCGCCAAGAAACACUGGUGGUCCAAGAGCGACGACUUUGACGAAGAGAUCCGACGCAAAUUCUACCCGACCUUCGUUGCCGCUACCAAAGGCGAACUGUUUCCCUGGCGUGAGCAUCCCCAUGGGCGAGUGGCGGAAAUCAUCGUUCUGGAUCAGUUCUCGCGCAAUCUGCACCGUGGAAAACGUGAGGCUUUCGAAAACGAUCUGGCGGCGAUUAUUUUGACCCAGGAGGCGGUACGACUGAAUAUCCACAAGGAACUGCAGGGGACACCGUAUCUGGGACAUCUGUUAAUGCCGUUGAUGCACAGCGAAUCCGUGCCUGUCCACGAGGAAGCUAUGAAGCUGUUCGCACCCAUUCCUGAGGGGGAAGGAAUGCUAAAGUAUGAGAAGCUGCAUUACGACAUUAUCAAGCAGUUUGGUCGGUAUCCGCAUCGCAACAAGGUGUUAGGCCGAGAGAACACGAAGGAGGAAGUGGAAUACUUGGAGAAGAACCCUAAAGGAUUCUAG